AUGCUGCCAGGACCAUCUAAAAAGUACACUCCCCGACUAACCACAGCGCCUGCGGUCUCCGGCUCUCGCGUUGACAAGCCGAAGCCCGCUUCCCAUCUAACUAGCAGCUUUACAAAGCCCACCGCCCAGCCUCAACGAGAUAACUGUCUUUUCGUCAAGUCCACUGCUGCAGAGCCCUCUUCCUUGUCUUCCUUGGACCCCGUGUCCCGUGAAAUCUGGUCAUACAAGGACCCCAAGGACUACAUUAUGGCGAAGAUGUUCAAAGGCAUUAGCGCCACGUACAGCGCUGUUGCUGCCGCCAAGAGUACCACUCAGUCGGUGUUUGAUGAGUUCAAGGUCGCAGCUGCUGCAUCAAAGCCGAAAACGCCAGUAGUUUGCACGCCAGAGGAGAGGCAGGAGUUGGAAUUGUUUGAGAAGGUUGAGGCGGAAAUUGACAAGUUCGGUGAGAGUGAGGAACCGGAUGAGGCGGCGCUUGUUGAAGCACUGAGUCCUCUAGUCGAAGACUUUGGUCGAACGUGGAUCCGUGGCAAAGCAGUCUCAGCGUCGCUUGAAAUUCCUCGCCAACCAGUCGAAAGCCCGCUGACUGCUGCGGAAAAUUCUGGUCCCGAUGAAAGCCUCGCUAAACAAGUAAUGAGCAACGCAGCGUCGACGGUGACCUUGGAGAAUCCCGUGACGCAACCGAAGGACCACAAUGGCGACGCUGCCGCCGCCGCCGCAAUUCAGGCGGCGCAGUCGAUUCAGAGCAUCGCGGAGACCUACGUCCUUGACGCCAACGACACGCUGGCUGCUGAAGGCAUUCCUCCGGUUGUCAUUUACGACUCCGUGGAGAAACUGCUCAUCCAAAGUCACGUAGAAUCUCGUGGGGAGACGAGUGUUAUGGAAACGUCAAACACCUGCACCAUUCCAUUUCUGGGCACGACGACAUCUCAAAGUGGAACCCCAAAUGAAGAAGAAGCUCUGGAGAUUUUCGAAACAGAAAUCAAUGACGACUUUCAAGCGGAGGUCGAUUCGUUAUCAAGCGAUAAGGAGGUCGAAGGGAAGUCCGGGAGAGACGGUGGCCGAUUGCUGAGUGGGUCGCAUUUCCACAAGGUCGCGGCCGUCCCUGAAUACCUUGCAAAGACACCCUGCUGGACAGAACAGCGGGAAGAGCGCAGCAAGGAGCUCGUCCAGGGACAACUGCACGCAGGAAAGCCCUGGGAUGCGUCGGCGAUUCGUGGGGCUGCAGCAAACGAGAAAUUACAAAAUGUCGAAGUCAGUCUCAUCUCGAGUGAACCAGUGUCGUCUAGGGAUGCCCAUCCUUAUCAAUCGACCGAUUCUGGCGUAGUGGAUCCUGAUCCCAGUUUGUCGGUGUUAUUUGCCAAUUCGACGCCAUUCAUUUUCCCCCCUGCCAGCAAACCCUCCCCUCCGCCCUACAGCGGUGGUCGAAUUCUCCCUGCUGACCCUUCGCCGGAUUUUAUCAAUAUGUCUAGCUCCUCGUCUUCAUCAUCAUCGUCAUCAUCUCCUCUUAUUGAUCACUUCAAGGAGGAAUUUCUCCGGCCUGAAGGUCCACCAACAACCGCCGUCACGGGAGCCCUACUGCUGCAGUCCUCCGCAAACGCCUCUUUGACGGAGGCGAACCAGCUACGUUCGCCGGUGCAGAAGCGGACGCACUCGGCCACCGUCCGACGCUCCUGGAAUCCCGACAAUGACCCCGACGAGGUGUGGAUGCACUUGAGGCGACACGCUAGUCGGUCGUCAGUUCAUUCCGAGUACGACGGUUGUGCUAGGGCAGGCUAUCGACAACCCAUGAAAUAUUGCACUAGGAGUUUUAAACGGAAUUCGGAUGCUGUUUAUCCGUUUUCGGGAUACUACCCCUUAACAAUUCGGUCCACACACAGUGCUGCCAGUCUCGACGCUGCCCUGCUUUUGCGCGAUUCUCAAGAGGCACUGAAUGAAAUAGUGCGAAAUGCUUGCAGACACCCUCCCAAAUCAAACCCCUCUCAAGUGCCAAUGCAUCUACCUCAAUCACGCAAUCUGGCCCCGUACCUGUGCCAUCGGCAAAUGGAAACGGUCCAAAACAAUUUCCUUGAUAAGGUUCCGAUUCCUGAAGCUCUUUCAGCCGCAUCGCCGCCAACUCAGGCAACGCUCAGCAACCACUCGAUUCCAUCAGUAGAAUGCCUCUCUACUCCCGGAAACCACGUCGCACCAUCAACCAUGGUGCCUACAACCAAUCACCACGAGGUCGAUCAGUCGACCCGUUUUUUUCCUCCAUCCAAUCAAAAUCAAGCGCUUGGUGAGGCCCGUCGAGCUGCUCACUCCGUGGCCACCUCUCCGUAUUCCCCUCCUGUUUCCGCGCCCCCCAUCUCGCCCGUAUCGAUCACCUCGGCAAGUGAACCCGGUCAUCCGAUUCGAAGUGGAAGGAGACAUCCCAACUCCAAGUAA